CAGGCUCCAGCUCGGGUUUGGAGCUCAGUGUUUGGACUAACCGUGGCUGUUUCUGGCUAAGAGAAAAGAAAGAUAAACCUCCUCUGGAUUUUCUAUCGGAUUUCUUUCUGCGUCCUGAGCGCUUGGUUCCCAAGGCUUUGCAGGCUUCUAUCAGGAUAUAUAAUGUGACCAAGAGCAACAGGACAGGAAAAUUCGGAGGAGUUUUAUCUCUUCGUUCCUCUGGCCAGAGCAGCUCAGACACGUCAUCCUCUAUCACCCGGUGGUCUCAUUGCUAUUCGCACCCUCUUGGGGGUAGAUGUAGUGUAAGAAGUGCGCAUGUCUAAAGGUUUACUGUCACCAUGACACAAGCGUGACCCCAGCCGAAGAGUCUCCACUAUGGUUCUUAACCCUGAGAUGUAAACUGCAGAAUGAACCUUUUGAACAGGUCUCAGGGCAGAAAAUGUUCCAUUGACCUUCACGACUGCAACCUCAAGCUCUUCAACCACAGGGACCAUUGCUUGAGCUUAAAAAGGUUGUGAGAGGUGAAUAGGAGACUCGCAGCGAUUGUGCCAUCCAGGCUGCUGAAGCACACGUGCCAACCAUCACGAUGCCAACCUUGCUGCUGCUGCUGCUGCUCGCCUCCUUACAGCUUCUCACGCAUGCCGAGACACCACCAAAGUUCCUAAGGACCCCCAGCGACCAAACUGGAGUACAAGGCGGCGUCGCGUCCUUCGUUUGUCAGGCCACAGGUGACCCUCGACCCAAAAUCGUUUGGAAUAAGAAGGGGAAGAGAGUGAGCAAUCAGAGAUUUGAGGUGAUAGAGUUUGACGACGGCUCCGGCUCCGUCCUAAGAAUCCAGCCCUUGCGCACGCCACGCGAUGAAGCCAUUUACGAAUGCGUGGCCUCCAACAGUGUCGGAGAGAUUAGCGCCACCACGCGCCUCACAGUCUUACGCGAGGACCAGCUUCCUUCUGGAUUCCCCACCAUAGACAUGGGUCCUCAGCUGAAGGUAGUAGAGCGAACGCGCACCGCCACCAUGCUGUGUGCCGCGAGUGGGAACCCUGACCCCGACAUCUCCUGGUUUAAAGAUUUCCUCCCUGUUAACACCAGCAACAACAAUGGCCGAAUCAAACAGCUCCGAUCAGGAGCGCUGCAGAUCGAACAGAGCGAAGAGUCAGAUCAAGGAAAGUACGAGUGUGUCGCGACUAAUAACGACGGCACGCGCUACUCAGCUCCUGCGAACUUAUAUGUCCGAGAGCUGCGAGAAGUUCGCCGGGUUCCACCACGUUUCUCAAUCCCGCCCACGGAUAACGAAAUCAUGCCAGGGGGCAGUGUGAACAUCACCUGUGUGGCAGUGGGCUCACCCAUGCCCUACGUCAAAUGGAUGCUGGGCUCGGAAGACCUGACCCCGGAGGACGACAUGCCCAUUGGGCGGAAUGUCCUGGAGCUCACGGACGUUCGCCAGUCGGCCAACUACACCUGCGUAGCCAUGUCCACGCUGGGGGUCAUCGAAGCAAUGGCACAGAUUACAGUCAAAGCUUUACCCAAGCCUCCAGGUGUUCCCAUGGUAACAGAACGCACAGCAACCAGCAUCACCCUCACAUGGGAUUCUGGGAACCCAGAGCCAGUUUCCUAUUACAUCAUUCAACACAAGUCAAAAUUUUCAGAAGACUCAUAUAAAGAGAUCGAUGGUGUAGCCACCACUCGCUACAGUGUGGGCGGCUUGAGUCCGUACUCAGAUUAUGAAUUCCGCGUGGUCGCGGUGAACAACAUCGGUCGUGGACCCUCGAGCGAAGCGAUAGAGGCCAAAACUGCUGAGCAGGCACCCAGCACGGCUCCUCGCCAAGUCAGAGGCCGUAUGCUAAGCGCUACAACAGCUAUCAUCCACUGGGAAGAACCUGAGGAGGCAAACGGUCAGAUCAUGGGCUACAGGGUGUACUACACUAUGGAUCCAAGUCAGCACGUCAAUCAGUGGGAGAAACAGAUUGUCCGGAAUGCUAACUUUCUUACCAUUCAGGGCUUGACGCCUAAUAAGACAUAUUAUAUCAAAGUUUUGGCGUACACCUCUGUAGGAGAUGGACCUCUCUCAUCUGACCUGCAGAUCAUAGCCAAGACUGGAGUUCCGUCUCAGCCGACAGACUUUAAAGCUGAAGCCAAAUCCGAGACGAGUAUCCUGCUGUCGUGGGUCGCUCCUCCACAGAGCGGACAGGACAGUCAAAUCACUGGAUACGAACUGCUUUACAAGAGAAAGGACGAGAAGGAGGAGAAACGUGUGAGCUUUGAACCCACCACCACCUACCUCCUGAAGGAUCUGAGGCCCUUCACCACCUACACUUUUCAGCUGGCAGCCCGGAGCAGGCAUGGCACUGGUGCCUACACCAAUGAGAUAUCAGCAGAAACACCACAGACACAGCCCUCAGCCCCGCCUCAGGAAGUUACAUGUUUUAGUUCUAGUUCCACCAGUAUUCUGGUAAGUUGGAAACCACCACCUGUGGAGCUCCAGAAUGGAAUCAUUAUCAAAUACACCAUUCAGUACGCCGCUACAGAGGGUGAAGACACCUCGGUCCAGGAGAUCAAGGAAAUUCUUCCAGAAAAGUCACGAUACCUCCUGGAAAACUUGGAAAAAUGGACGGAAUACCGAGUGACAGUUACAGCUCAUACAGAUGUUGGACCAGGACCGGAAAGUCUCCCACAACUCGUCCGUACAGAGGAGGAUGUUCCCAGUGGCCCGCCUCGUAAAGUCGAGGUGGAGGCUGUCAACUCCACGUCUGUUAAAGUGCUGUGGCGAUCCCCGGUGCUCAACAGACAGCACGGGCAAAUUCGCGGCUACCAGGUGCACUAUGUCAGGAUGCUUAAUGGGGAACCAGUGGGCCAUUCUGCUAUCAAGGACAUCUUGAUUGAUGAUGAGGAUCAGAUUAUCCGGUCGGAGCAUGAUGAUUCGACUGAACAUAAUAUGAUCCUGACAGAUUUGCAGGCAGAGACUACUUAUUCGGUUACAGUGGCUGCCUACACGACGAAAGGUGACGGAGCUCGCAGUAAGCCCAAAGUGGUCACAACCAUGGGUGCAGUCCCAGAGAAGCCCCGUCUGAUGGUCAGUCCCACUAACAUGGGCACGGCUUUGCUUCAAUGGCACCCACCGCCAAAUACACACGGGCCACUGCAGGGCUACCGGCUCCGCUUUGGACGCAAAGAUGUCGAGCCCCUGACGGUCAUUGAGUUCCCAGAGCGAGAGAACCACUACACCACCAAAGAAAUUCAUAAGGGAGCAGCCUAUAUUUUCCGCCUCUCAGCUCGCAACAAGGUGGGAUUUGGUGAAGAAACAGUUAAAGAGAUCACAACCUCUGAGGACACGCCCUCUGGUUUCCCACAAGGCAUCAUGGCUGUAAGCGCCACCACAACUACCAUUCAGGUCACCUGGCAGCCUGUGCAACUUGCAGAACGGAAUGGUGUCAUUAUUAAAUACGCCCUUCAAUACAAAGACAUCAACAGUCCAAGGAGUCCGUCUGAACUUUUCAUCACUGCCCCAGAGUCCACCGUAAACCUGGAUGGUCUUAGAGCUGACACAACUUACGAUAUCAAAAUGUGUGCUUUCACCAGCAAGGGCCCUGGGCCUUAUAGUCCUAGCAUCCAGUUCAGAACUCAACCGCUCGAUCAAGGUAGGAGGACCACACCAACCCUUGCAACACCCCUUGAUUCAACCUCCGAUCAACCAGUGUUUGCAAAAAAUUUUCAUGUGAAAGCUGCCAUGAAGACCUCAGUGCUGCUUACCUGGGAGAUUCCAGACAACUACAAUCCCGCUCAACCAUUCACUAUUCUGUAUGAUAAUGGCCAGAGCGUAGAAGUGGAUGGGAAACUCACCCAGAAAUUAAUCACAAAUCUACAACCAGAGACGCAAUACUCUUUCCUCUUGACCAACCGGGGGAACAGCGCUGGUGGUCUGCAGCACCGCGUCUCCACCAUGACUGCCCCGGACAUUCUCCGCACCAAACCCUACUUAAUCGGCAAGACCAACUCAGACGGCAUGGUCACUGUGGAGCUGCCCUCUGUGCAUACAAAUGAGAAAGUCAAGGGAUACUACAUCGUGGUGGUCCCUCUGAAGAAACAGCGGCCCGGGAAGUUCAUUAAACCCUGGGACAGCCCAGACGAGAUGAACCUGGAGGAGCUUCUGAGAGAGAUCAACCGGACGAGUGGAGGUGUGCGUUUCCGAAGACAGGCUGAACCCAAACCCUACAUCGCUGCCUCCUUCAAAGAGCUUCCUACCGAGUUCACCCUCGGAGACAACAAGAUGUACGGAGACUUCGAGAACAAGCAGCUGCUCAACGGACACGAAUACAUCUUCUUUGUUCUCGCCGUGUUGGAGAUGUCCGAAAAUACCAUGUACGCCACAAGUCCGUACUCCGACCCGGUGGUUUCGGCCGAUAUCGACCCCCAGCCUAUCAUCGACGAAGAGGAAGGCUUGAUCUGGGUCGUAGGGCCUGUCCUGGCUGUAGUCUUCAUCAUCUGCAUAGUCAUCGCUAUUCUGCUGUACAAGAGGAAACGAGCUGAGUCGGAGGCCAGGAAAGGCAGCUUACCCAACAGUAAGGAAAUGCCAUCACAUAAUCCCACCGAUCCCGUGGAGCUAAGGCGUCUCAACUUCCAAACUCCUGGUUCCGGUGCCUCCGGUUACCCCAGUAACCUCCAUCUGUCAAGUAUGGCCAGCCACCCUCCGAUUCCCAUCAUGGACCUGGCAGACCAUCUGGAGAGACUCAAAGCCAAUGACAACCUGAAGUUCUCACAGGAAUAUGAGUCUAUAGAUCCAGGCCAGCAGUUUACCUGGGAACACUCGAACCUGGAAGUAAACAAAGCCAAGAACCGCUAUGCCAAUGUCAUCGCCUAUGACCACUCAAGAGUGCUGCUUUCCUCCAUUGAUGGGAUCCCAGGGAGCGACUACAUAAACGCCAACUACAUCGACGGUUACAGAAAGCAGAACGCGUACAUCGCCACUCAGGGCUCGCUGCCCGAGACCUUUGGCGAUUUCUGGAGGAUGAUCUGGGAGCAGCGCAGUGCUAACAUAGUCAUGAUGACCAAGUUGGAGGAACGUUCAAGGGUAAAGUGUGACCAGUACUGGCCCAACAGGGGAUCAGAAACAUACGGUCUAAUCCAGGUGACGCUGCUGGACACAGUGGAGCUGGCCACCUACUGCGUCAGGACGUUCGCUCUUUAUAAAAGCGGCUGUAGUGAGAAGCGCGAGGUGAGGCAGUUCCAGUUCACGGCGUGGCCUGAUCACGGCGUUCCCGAGCACCCUACACCGUUCCUGGCCUUCCUGCGCAGAGUGAAAGCCUGUAACCCUCCAGACGCUGGGCCCAUGGUGGUGCACUGCAGCGCUGGCGUGGGACGAACCGGCUGCUUCAUCGUGAUCGACGCCAUGUUGGAGCGCAUCAAGCACGAGAAGACGGUGGACAUUUACGGCCACGUGACGCUGAUGCGUGCCCAGAGGAACUACAUGGUGCAGACGGAGGACCAGUACGUGUUCAUUCACGACGCCCUGCUGGAGGCCGUGACCUGCGGCAACACCGAGGUCCCCGCCCGCAACCUUUACGCCUACAUCCAGAAACUCACCCACAUCGAGACGGGAGAGAACGUCACGGGGAUGGAGCUGGAGUUCAAGCGUUUGGCCAACACGAAGGCCCACACGUCGCGCUUCAUCAGUGCCAACCUGCCCUGCAACAAGUUCAAGAACCGGCUGGUCAACAUCAUGCCAUACGAGUCAACACGAGUAUGCCUGCAGCCCAUCAGAGGGGUGGAGGGAUCCGAUUACAUCAACGCCAGCUUUAUCGAUGGCUACCGGCAACAGAAGGCGUACAUCGCCACGCAGGGCCCUUUGGCUGAGACCACAGAAGACUUCUGGAGGAUGCUGUGGGAGCACAACUCCACAAUCGUAGUGAUGCUCACUAAACUCCGAGAGAUGGGCAGGGAAAAAUGCCAUCAGUACUGGCCAGCGGAGCGCUCUGCUCGGUAUCAGUAUUUCGUGGUGGACCCCAUGGCCGAGUACAACAUGCCUCAGUACAUCCUAAGAGAGUUUAAAGUCACCGAUGCCAGGGACGGACAGUCCCGGACGGUCCGGCAGUUCCAGUUCACCGACUGGCCCGAGCAGGGUGUGCCCAAAUCAGGAGAGGGAUUCAUCGAUUUCAUCGGCCAAGUCCAUAAAACAAAGGAGCAGUUCGGCCAGGACGGACCAAUCACAGUGCACUGCAGUGCGGGUGUUGGGAGGACAGGAGUCUUCAUCACUCUCAGUAUCGUAUUGGAGAGGAUGAGGUAUGAGGGAGUAGUGGACAUCUUCCAGACGGUCAAGAUGCUGAGGACACAGAGACCAGCCAUGGUACAGACAGAGGAUCAAUACCAGUUCUGCUACCGUGCCGGUUUGGAGUAUCUGGGAAGCUUCGAUCACUAUGCAACGUAAGAGUCCGCUUCACCCCCGAGGAGCGCCGAAGGCCAUCCAGAGGUCACUUCUUCUGAGCCAUAAAAAUUCCUGCUUGUGAAAAGUACUUCUUAAAACUCCUAGUCCAAGACAUGAUUCGUUUGUUGGGUGUGGAAAUAAAAAAAAAAAAAUUCAAAUUAAAUGAAAAAAAAAAAAAAAGCAAAAUAAAACACAAACCUAUGAAAUACCAGGUGGACCAAGAACCCCCCUGCCCCCUCUUUUUCCCCUUUCAAAAGUCCAAUAACUUCCCUCUCCUGACUAGCAGACGUGUAUCUGAACUGCUGAAGCGCCACGUCGCUUCAAGGAUUCGUCUGAGAUUCAUAAACACAUGAAACACAUACACACACACACACACAAACAAGGUACUGCAUUAAAACGAACGAGUCGUCACGGAGCGACAAACGAACGAAUACAAGGAGGAGCAACGUCUCAUCUCAUCGACGACGAGCAUCGAUCGGUGAAGGAAAUAAAAAAAAGAAAAAAGAAAGAAAGUAACACACAAACGGACGUAUGUAAUAGUAAUAAUAAAACCCCUAUCUUGUCCCAAUGUUCGUCCUUCAGUUAGGGGGAGUGUACAAACACCAGACGAAUAAAGAAGUUAUUGAUUUAGUUUUUUAGUACUUUAUUACUCGACUGAGCGGUAAUUCAUUUUGAAACUAUGUGAAUUUUUUCUUUACUUUCCUUUUUUUUUUUUUUGCUCUUCUUUUUUUUCCUAAACAGGUAAUCACUCAAUGUUAGUCUGACCCAAGUAUUAUCUCACUCUCUUUCCAUUCAUGUUAUUAAGUUCUUUUAAUGUAUACACAUAUACCUGUACAUCUGAUUUACUUGUUUGUUUGUUUGUUUUUUUUCUUCUUCUUUUUCUCUCUCCUUUUUUUUUCAUCAUAUAUGGCACUUGCUGUGGUCCUGUAUUAACCUUUAACCGAAUGGUUGACUUUGAUGCAGGGUCAAUUGUCCGUGGUCACAUACAGUACACAAACGUCUCUAUUUCGUAUUUCUUCCGCGGACUCCGUGGAAUCAAAAGGGGAGGCACAGUAUGAAGUUGCUGCUAAAGAAUAUCUUGCUUCUUCCAUGUUUAACAGACGAGCCUCCGAAUCGAGAGAGAGAGAGCGAGAGAGAGAGAGAAAUAUAUAUGGUAAAUAUAUAAAUAUGAAUAUAUCUCAAAUAAAACACCGGCUCAUAUAAAUAUACAGUAUAUAAAUAUAUAUAUAUAAAUAUAAUAUGAAAAUAUUUAUUAGAGAAUUAUUACGUAAAAAUAAAAAAAAAUAUAUAAAAACACCAGAGUGAUAAAAUGCUACAUGAAAAGUUUCCACAAUGAGAUUUUGUCCUUUUUUAAAAGGGGGAAAUGAAGAGAUGGUUCACUGGAAUGCACAUCGGUAGGUUAAAAAAAAAAAAAACAGAAAAAAAAAGAAAAAAAUCGUAUUUCAAUUCAGUGCAUCUUUUCUCGUGCAAUAAAUAGGUGUAUUAUAGAUUUUUUCCUGGGGAUCUGGGUGAAGAAGGGGACUGUACAUGAGUACGCCGUCAUGCCUGCAAGUCGUGUCAUGUAUUCAGUUUAAAAAAGGUCAAACCGUGGCGAAGCGGCGCUGCCAUUGUAAUCAUCGUCUCGUUUCACGAUCGUAUAGGGCAAGGUACAAAGACAUCACGAUGUUUUUUUUUACGUUUUUUGCAUUUAGAGUGCCUUAUAUUUAUGCCUGUUCUCUUUUUUAUAAUAUUCAUUUACCAUGUACUGUUUUGAGUAGUCCAGUAUUUAUCGAUGUAUCACGUUAUCAUUUUAAUUUCCAUUAUACCAGAUUAUAUAUGCAAAUAAUGUCCAUCGGUCCCAGUUUAUUUACAGAGGCCUUACUCCGGCUUAGCGAACGGACGGGAAAAAAAAAAGGUGAAUUAGUACAUCUAACAUGUAUGACUGUCGUAUACUACACGUCACAGCUCAGUCGCAGCAGGAAUUCCAGAUUUGUUUAUUUUUAUUGUUUUUACGCGAUACGCUGUUCUCGCUCGUUCUGUAUCUCUGAAGACCAAACCGCCGCGGUGGAACGAUGCAAAAAAAAAAAAAAAUUGUACGCUAUUUCCAGACAGUCUCCGGAGAGAGGGGCGCACAGUGUACACUCGAAUACACCUGAUUUUUUCGGACAUCAUUACAACGGAACGGAUUGAAACACUGGUAGCUAGAAAUAGCUAUGAAAAGUCGUAGGGGUGGAGUUUAGCACUCAUAGCUUUUUUUUACGUGCGAUUUUCUUACCUGCGAGUUGUCAAGGAGUGGGCUAGCUUGGUUAAUCUCGACAAUCUUGUAACGUACUAAGCGAUGGACCUUCGAUGAUCUUUUAUCGUGUAACAUAGCGAACAUUUUUUUUUUUUUUGGUUUGUUGUUUUGUUUUAGUUUUGUUUUGUGUGUGUGUGUUUAUCGUCAGGCUUGUGGAUGUGCAUUCCAGGUGCUUUCUUUCCCUUGUCACAUUUCUAACCGUUCUCCUUAUUCAGUUGUGUUCAAACUUACACAUCGUCGUGACGACCGCCGCCAAGCUUCAGAGUACUUUUAUUUAGCUUCACGUACAUGUCAGCGCCACCUAUUGUCAUCAUUAAGUAUUUUUACAAAAAAAUUUCACUGAUGUCUGUAUUCAACAGGGUGUUUAUUUUAUUUUAUUUUAUUUUUUUUGUUAUUUUUUCCCUUGCUUUUUUUCCAUCCUUAACCUUAUUUCAAUAUGCAUGGGAAGCUUUGCAGAGGGCCAAUGGAGGCCUGGUAGGAAGAAUUGCACUUUCUCUAUCUUUGUACUAUGCACUGCCCUAUUGAUUCUAUACCCAAUAAUGUAUUACUUGAAAGCAUCUGUAAGAAUUCUCCUUCAGCGUUCAUGUUGUGUGUAUGUAAAUAACACAUACUGGUGGGGAGGGAGGGAAAGAUUAAAAAGGUGUCACUUUAAAAAAAAAAAAAAAAAAGUUUGUGGCAAAAAAAAAAAAAAAAAACAGCAUCCUUACUGGUGCCAUGGGAUCUUCAGCAGGAGAUUUUUUUUCUUUGUUUUUUCUGUUCCCUUCUCAAGUGUCAUUACGGAAAAUCAACGUGGUGUUCUCUGCCCUCUCUCUCUCUAUCUAUCUCACGUCUGGAUGCAUAGAUUGAAAUUAACAAAUUCAAUUGUAAAAAAAAAAAAAAAAGGGAAAAAAAAGAAAAAAUGGCUUGUUAAAAAAAAGAAUCGUAAAAAAAAAAUUACCUCUGAUUAGUUGUAAGCGCAUUUUUCGUUUCUUUUCUGUUGUUGUUUGUUUCUUUUUUUCCCCCUCUUUGAAUGAAUGGAGUGCUUUUUAUUUUCUUACAUAGGUUCUAUUGGUGGCGGAAGACGUCUGUAUGACGAGCAGGUCUUUGCUGACUCAAGGUCCAUUUGUUAUAAAUGAAUUCUAUUAAAAAAAAUGUAAGUGUUAUGAA